UUGCACUUUUAAUUUAUUUGUCAUACUUUUUAUUUUAAUCUCGAUAAGUUCAACUCAAUAACAACAUAUUCAAUGAAACACUAAGUUACUCAACAGCUGCAUACCCAAUUGAAAUCUCGAAAGAAUAAAGUAUACGCGUAUCUUAUCAUGUCCUUCGGUAGGACUCAAAUAGUUUGGAUGGUGGUUAUCCACAGGAACAACCCCAAUUUGAUCCCCUUCAAUACCUUCUGAAUCAGUGCACACAAAGUACUCACUUGAAGAGCAGAAAUUGUGACAGAGAUUAUAGUAGUUGCAGGUUUUCGAAACACGUGUUGGUAAUUUCAAGACUCAAAAGCACAUGGAAGAACCACAAAAUUUGGCGAAAUAGUGUGUCAAUGUUGUUGAAAUUAUUUGUCCAUCGCCAUUACACCACCUCUGCAACUUUCCUCACAAAAGACUCACAAAUCAUCCAUCUUUGCCGUACAUCUUUACUCUCCCAAGCUAUAAAUCUCCUCAACACCACACAAAAAAUCUCAAAAAAACCAAUCAUAUACGCCACAUUGAUACAAACUAGUACUAGAACUCACUCAUUCAAUAAUGGCCUCCAAUUCCAUGCCCAUGUCAUCAAGACCGGGCUCGAAACGGACCGUUUUGUCGGUAACAGUUUACUUGCUUUGUAUUUCAAAUUGGGUUCGAAUUUUCUUGAUACUCGGAGGUUCUUUGAUGAGAUGAUUUACAAGGAUGUUGUUGCUUGGACUUCGAUGAUAACGGGUUAUGUACGUGUUGGGGAUGCGGAGAUGUCUUUGAGAAUGUACUUAGACAUGGUUGAGUUGGGUUUUGAGCCAAAUGGUUAUACUUUGUCUGCGGUGAUUAAAGCGUGUUCGGAAAUUGGGAAGUUGAAAUUGGGUUGUGGGUUUCAUGGUGUUGUGGUUACGCGUGGAUAUGAAGGGAAUAAUGUGAUUGUUAGUGCGUUGGUUGAUAUGUAUGGUAAGAAUUGUGAUUUAGGUAGUGCAGUUAAGGUGUUUGAUGAAUUGCCUGAACCGGAUGCUGUUUGUUGGACUUCUGUUAUUUCUGCAUUGACGAGGAAUGAAUUGCAUGACGAGGCGUUGGGGUUGUUUUAUACGAUGCAUAGGAGGUAUGGGUUGGCCCCGGAUUUGUUUACGUUUGGAAGUGUGGUGAAUGCGUUGGGUAAUUCGGGUAGGUUGAGGCAAGGUAGAGAGGUUCAUGCGAAGAUUGUGACGUCUGGUCUAUGUGGGAAUGUGGUUGUUGACAGUAGUUUAGUGGAUAUGUAUGCGAAAUGUGGGGUGGUUGAUGAGUCUCGGAGUGUUUUUGAUCGAAUGGAUAAGAGAAAUUCUGUUUCGUGGUGUGCAUUAAUGGGUGGUUAUUGUCAAACGGGUGAGUUUCAUACUGUUAUUGAGUUGUUUAGGAUGAUGGGGGAGGUUGAUCUUUAUAGCUUUGGGACUGUUCUUCGUGCCUGUGCAGGGUUGGCAGCGUUGCAGUCGGGGAAGGAAGUUCAUUGUCAGUAUUUGAGGAAAGGUGGCUGGAGCGAUGUUAUAGUGGACUCAGCUCUGGUUGAUCUCUAUGCAAAAUGUGGUUUUGAUAAUUACGCAUACGUGGUUUUUUGCCAAAUGAAGGUUAGGAACUCGGUUACGUGGAACUCAAUGAUAUCUGGAUUUGCUCAGAAUGGGAAAGGUGCAGAAGCUAUUGUAGUAUUCGAGGAGAUGAUUAGUGAAGGGGUUAAGCCUGACUAUAUCAGCUUUAUCGCGGUUCUUUUUGCUUGUAGUCAUUGCGGUAUGGUUGAUGAAGGGCGAAAGUAUUUUCUCUCAAUGAUUAAUCAGUAUAGUAUAAAAGCUCAUAUCGAGCAUUAUAGCUGCAUGGUUGAUCUUCUAGGUCGGGUUGGAGAGGUAGAAGAAGCUGAGAGCUUGAUUCUAGGUGCGGAAUUCAGAAACGAUGCUUCCCUUUGGGCUGCCCUACUUGGUGCUUGUACUAGCAGUACAAAUCCCAGUGUUGCAGAGCGUAUUGCAAAGAAAAUGAUGGAACUAAAUCCUGAUUAUCAUUUGAGUUAUGUUCUUCUAGCAAAUGUGUACAGAGCAGUAGGCAGGUGGGCUGAUGCUCUUGAAAUUCGGCGACAGAUGCAAGAAAAAAGAGUGAACAAGAUAACUGGGAAGAGCUGGAUUUAAACGAAUACUAACAGCAGCUUAUAUCCGUUUCAUUGAAGAACUCUAUUGAGAUGCCCCUACAAGGAAGCAUUAUUGAAAUCGUUCAAGAUGAUAAUACUGAUACACAACAAAUUUAUCAGUUUUGUUACUGUCAGGGUGACCCUCAUUUCAAGACACAACUCGUAUUCCCUGUUUAUAUGUAUCCUUUCACUGGGUAAGCUUGCAUUGUGAUAACAUAUUACGGAGUAUCCAGCAUUAUAAACGCCUACAGAGGGUAGAGUUACUAGUGACUCAAGCCUUUCAACAACAUGAGUGACUCAAAUCACGAAAAUCAUGGGGUUAAUCCACUUUCCUCCAUAUUGUUAAAGCAAAGCUUUGGGCCUCUUCCAAAAUAACCGUAUGAUUUCCAGAAAUUUGGAGUAUGAUGUUGAAGAUGAACUAGCUAUGUAGGUGGGGUGCUUCAAGCCUUGGCUGUAGUGGCGAAGGCCCAACUAGCAAGUUACUCUAAUGGAUCUCCCCCUUAAAAAGUUGAGCUAAUAUCGUGUGAGCCGAUGACCCACAUAUCAGAUAUUAAACUGAUAAGAACAGAUAUUACACUUAAUCUAAGCCAAAGGCCGAGAAAGGAUGGAUACAGAUAAUCAUGUAUUUGUAUCGUGGGACGAACAUGCUGUUCGCAAGGGAUGGCCCGUCGUGUUGUGCACUACUACUUUAAGGAUUCAUUAGGGGAUCCAAAUAAUCCUUUGUGACAACAUAUAUCGUGUGCAUAUACUAUGUGCCUUUGCACAUGGUAUAUGUUGUCACAGAGGAUUAUUUGGAUGCCUUUGGGCGUACAACUGCUAUAAAUUCUGAAACUAAGUGGCGUUCAAGACGAGAUGUAGUGGAAUGACUCACAUUUUUUAUUUCAAGGCAUCACCGAUCACCUAUUUCAAGUAUGUAUAAUCAUGUAGCUGUCUAAGAUUUCAGUUACAUGAGAUUUGCAGUAUUUAUUGGUGUACAUGUACAUCAAAUGCAUUCAUUUCUAGAAUUUACCAUUUCCUGAAGAAGUUGAUCAUAGAUAAUUGGCUGCUGGUUACGCACGAUCAUUUCAUUUGUUAGUCUUUUUCAGGCUAUACUUAUUAUCCAACUAAGACAGGCGGAUUGCAAUUCAAUCUUUGUUUUUCGAAAAUCGUGUUGUCUGGGCUAAACUUUCGUGCACCUCGACUAAUUUCAAGGGAUACCUGUCACCUCCGACCAAUGUGUAUCAGAUGUGGUAAUGUGGAUAAUCUGAUUAUGUACUACUCUCUUAUAAGCCUUAACAUCCAGGCCUCAUUGAAGAUCACUAGGUACUAUUUCCAUCUUGAAGUUGGCCUUACUGGUGUCUAGGAGGCAUCAUUUUUUUUUAUAACCGUGGUGUCUAGACAAGCUUGUGCGUACCUCGACCAAUUCCACGGGAUACCUGUCACCUCCUACCAGCAAUAGGUACCAGGCAUGGACGGAUCUACAUGUAAUCCAGGGGGUCAUCUGAAUCCCCUUCGUUAAAAAAUUACAGUGUAUAUAUAGGAUCAAAAUUUGGAUUUACGAUAUAUAUGUUAAGUACUAAACCCCCUUGACAUAAGGCUAAAGCUUGGUUAAGUGGUGAAAGGGGGCAAAAUUUCUCAAUCCGUGUGGUUUCAAGUUUGAAUAACAUCGUUUUUUUCAAUCUUUUAAA